CGCCCCGGGGGUCGCCCCGCCCCGGCCCGGGAAGCGGAAGGCGCCGCUUGACCUUCAUCACCCUCCUCCUCCUCCCGCUGCCGGCGCUGCGGGCUCGGAGCAUGGCGGCGCCGCGGCUCCUGCGGGCAGCAGCCCCGCGGCUCUACAGCAGCGUUGCGGUCCCGGCCCCAGCCCCGGUCCCGGUCCCAGCCCAGCCCCGCGCCGUGGAUGAGAAGCUGCUGUCCGAGCCCCUCGCACACCCCGACUUCUUCAACGUGAAGGAGCUUUUCACCCUGAAAGAUCUCUUCGAUGCUCGGGUGCACCUGGGGCACAAAAAGGGAUGUCGGCAUCGGUUCAUGGAGCCCUACAUCUUCGGCUGCCGCCUGGAUCAGGACAUCAUCGACCUGGAUCAGACGAUGCAGCACCUGCAGCUCGCCCUCAACUUCACCGCUCACAUCGCCUACCGCAAGGGCAUCAUCCUCUUCGUCAGCCGCAAGCGCCAGUUCUGCCACUUGGUGGAGAGCACGGCGCGGGGCUGCGGGGAGUACGCGCACACGCGGUACUGGCAGGGCGGGCUGCUCACCAACGCGCACAUCCAGUUCGGCGCCGGCGUGCGCCUGCCCGACCUCAUCGUCUUCCUCAGCAGCCUCAACAACGUCUUCGAGCCCCAUGUGGCCAUCCGGGACGCGGCCAAGAUGAACAUCCCCACGGUUGGGGUGGUGGACACGAACUGCAACCCCUGUUUGAUCACGUACCCCAUCCCGGGCAACGACGACAGCCCCAGCGCCAUGGAGCUGUACUGCAAGCUCUUCAGGAUGACCAUCAUCCGCGCCAAGGACAAGAGGAGGCAGAGCGAGGCCGUGCAUGAGCUGCGGAGCAAAGCAGAGGGCAAUUAGAGCCCAUGGGGUGGUGCCCAGCGGAACGGUGAUGGGCGUCCUGCACCCAGAGCACCGGCUCCUGGUGGAGCUGGGCUGGUUGUGGGAGGGACCCCCCCAGUUCUGGUGCUGCAGAGGCCCCGCGGCGGUCCCAGCUCAAACAAAAAUGGUCCAGAGCAAUGUAAGAGGAUGGGAGGGGGACCAGAGCCAGCUCCUGUCCUUGUGUGUGUCCCCAUUGCACGGAGGCACCUCCAUGCUGUGGCCUCCCUGUCCCUGAGCUUGGAUUUCACGCUUUGUCCUGACAAAUAAAGUGCUCCACGAUCCUU